AAGCGGUGCUAUUGCCUUCGGCAAGGAUAUGUAUGUCUUCAACAAGUCGAGAUCGAAACUGCAACUAUGAAGGAGGCAGCGAAGACCAUUCGUCCAGAAUUGGCAAAGUGCGAGCAUUAAGUUAACUUGUAUCGGUGCCAACGUCCCAGCUUUAUCAGCGUCGUCGUGAAACUGAGCAGCAGAGAUAGAGGUAGGCAUAAAUUAGACUGAGGUAGGUAGGGCGUGGAUGCCUAACUACGAUGACGUCACUUCGGAGUGCCAGAGGGAUGCUGGGAGGAAGGUGUCGUGAUCCUGUGUGGUGUGAGUGACACCUUGCGUACUGACUUAUCGCGUCCAAGCGACACAUUCACCGCAAACCAGGGCACAUUGUGGUUGCAAACGAAAUAUCACAAGAGGAUGAACAGAGGUGAUAACAAGUACCGCAUUUGGUUAUGCGUAGAUAAUCGUUGUUGAUGUGCCUAAAGCAGGUUGUUGAGCAUUGAGGUUAUAUUUUACUGAAUUAUCUGUUUGUUAUUUUGUAUCUUACCCAUACGCUUCAAGAACGAACCAGAGUUAUGCGUCAGGACUCAGGGUAAAGUUUUUUUUAGAUUUGACGAAAGAGUUAAGUCGUCCCAGUAAAUUUAGCUUAAAGAUAAAAAAUACACUUUGUUUAACCUGCCAAACAUUUGUAUGUUGUCUCGAAAGAAUGUAUGCAAGCAAGUGUGAUCAUCACCCACUUUCUUUUUAAUUUUCGUCAGGCGUCUCAUGAUGAACCCCUUAAAUUUCCUCUAACAUAGGGGCUUUCGAUAACGGAUCAUAUUUUUUUACUUGCACUUUACUAUCACGACAACCAAGCGGGCCAUUGCAACUGAAGCCACGACAGAGAAAAUCUAACUCCGUGUUAACGCAAGUCGGCGAAGUGAGAAACACGUGGCUCCUUUGAACCGAUAAGACCUUGCGACGCCUUUCUAUCUGAAAGAUAACAGCACCCCACAAAAGAUACAAGUUUACAACGAAAGCUUGUCUUGGACUAUGCAGUGGCCCUAUGCCAACCCCACAAAGACCAAAGAAAAUUAAAAUUCGUGAAAAAUUUGUUUACCCAAUUUACACGCUUUAUUCAAACUAUCCAAUUGUAUCUCUACUGUUGAACCAAUUUCCAGAAUAAUAAUUCAACCCAUAACUUCGGAUGGAAGACAAAAUUUAUUCCCAGAAAAUAAUUUGCCAGUUGGAGUUUAAAGAUUUCUUCUCAAAAUUCUCGGGAAAAAACCUCUAAAUAACAAAAUAAACGUCUUCACUGAUGGCCGUCGUGGGCGGCCUCAUGAGGCAAUCGCACGAAGACUCAUCCCGACGCCGCCUACAACCUAUAGCCGUUCGGCGAAAUAUGGCAGUCCCCGUGGUAAUUGCGCAGUGCGCCCCAUAGUGACCUAGUACAAUAAACACAUCGCUAAGACGGGCGCCGACCCGGGGCCGCAAACCAUAAAGAAAGCCGAACCCGGGCGCCACGAGCGGAGCUCCAAGGCGGUCAGAGCCGACCCAGCCGGAGUUGUAGCCAUGGCCGUUGUUUGGAAGAGCCGUCAACUUCUCUUCUUCACUGCUGUUUCUCUCUGGCUCGUUUGCGGCGCGGGCGCGGCUCACCCCUCCCCAGCAGAGGAAGCGCUUGAGGAUCGCAUACAGGCGGGCAUCGUUGGGGAGGAAUGUUUGGAUCGCUGCGACGCACGGGAUGAAUCUAACGUGACCAUGUGCGCCUGCCGACCUCCUGAAGAGUGUGCCCUCAGGGGAGACUGUUGUGCGGACCGCUACUACGCCGAGCAAGAGAGGCCGAACCUGCAGUGUGUGCCGGCGUUCAACAGAGAAAUCGUGGCCGUCGCGUUGUGCCCCAGCUCGUGGAAGGAGCCGAAGACUCUGCUCUUGUGCGAAGGUGUCCAGAAUAAGAAUUACACUUACCUUCAAUAUAUUCCGGUGCUAAGCAGGAAAUCCAAGCAAGUUUACCGCAACGUCUUUUGCGCGUCGUGCAACGGAGACACAAGCGACCUGUUACCGUGGACGCUGUCGCUCGAAUGCGAAUCGAAGGAAGUCACGCAGGCAUUCUCCGACGGUACUGCCCAAAAAGAAGCAAUUAUGACCUACUCCACUAACUCCAGGUUUCUUUUUGUGAGCUGGAAAAACCACUCAACUCGAUGUCGCAUCCUGGCUCAUGAACUCUUGCCACAAAAUUAUUCCGACGUGCUCGGUCUCACCCCUUGUGUGAUCCAGCCCAUUGUUUGGACGUGUCCCGCAAGCUUCGACGACCCCGUGAUCAGGUCCAAGUGUCACAGCUACACCAGUCUGAUCGAACACUCGAAGACUCAACUGAGGUAUCGAAACUUUCACUGUGCCCUAUGCAACGGCCGCAAACCGAAAGACCUCCGCUGUGGUUUCUUGGAGCCGCGAGGAUCGGAGGUCAAGAUACACGGUUACAUGUCCUACGCCAUCGUGAUGGAUUUCAGCAACUGGAUGGGCGCAGGGGACAGCGACGACAGGCGCGAGAUGGCGUCCGCGCCUCGAUUCAACCGCUGUGGUCGCGAACAAGUUUUCGACCCGCUGACACUCACCUGCCAUCACUCGAGCUGCCCACCGGACGUGUGCCACACGAAGGACUGCGAAUGGACCCGUUUCUCGAGAGACGAUAUUGUUCCCUCUGACCAUGGGAAGUUCUUCAGGAUCCCUAAGAUGGAGCUAACCCUCGACAUCUCCGAUAUGCAAGGAGACAAACUUUCCGAGGACCACGUCUUGGUGUGCCUUCCCCUUCCGAGGAUGAGCGCCCUUCGGCCUACUGCUGGCAUUCAGGACGUGCUCUCGACCGUCGUGCUCCUCAUCUCAGUGAUCUGCCUUGUCCUUCAUGUCGCGGCGUAUGCCCUAGCACCCAAGCUUCGUACCGGUCCCUCGAGACUUCUCCUCUGCCUUGCGGUAUCUGUGCUUGUAGCGCAGGCGAGCUUCGUCGCUGGUGGGAUGCUCUUCAUGCCCAAUACUAAGCUAUGCGCUGCCCUUGGGAUCGUUUCCCACGGAGGGCACCUGGCAGCCUUCUUCUGGAUGAAUGCGAUGGCAGUGGACAUCCAGCGCACGUUCCGCGCUGGUAUCAGGGGUUCGUCUCGCGCCGGCAGCUGGAGAUCCUUCCUGGGCUACUCCCUGUACGCCUGGCUGGGCCCAGUGUUGCUGGUCGCGUCCGCCUCGCUGCUUGACCACCUGCUCCCACAGUCCCCUUUGAGCCCCGCGUACGGACGGCCCUCGUGCUGGCUCAACAGACCGCUCAGCCUGGCGGCCUUCUUCGGGGCGCCAGUGUUGCUGCUCCUGCUCACCAACCUGGUGCUCUUCGCACUCACGGCGCACAGCAUACAGAGAACCGAGCAACAGACCAAGGUGGCUCACCGGCAAAGCCGUCGUCAAGGCGACCAGGUGCGGUUCGUGCUGUACGUCAAGCUGGCGGUCAUGUUCGGGCUGACGUGGGUCUUCGGCUUCGCGGCUGCCAUCAGCGGCAUCAGCUUCCUCUGGUUCCCGUUCAUCGUGCUAUGCGGUCUCCACGGAGCCUUCAUCUUUCUCGCUUUCACCUUCAAGAAGAGUGUAGCCAACAUGGUACUCGAAACGCUGAAAUGCCGAGACAAGACCCGCGACAAGCGCCGUCCUCGCUCGGCGUCGACAAACCUAACCACGCUGCACGCGUCCCUGUCGGCUUCAUCGUCGGCCUUAGCCUCCGUGGCCACUGGCAGGGCCAUGCCGGACGCCCCCAGGCGCUCCUUACCGCAAGCAUUUAUCGACGCCCAAAGACCCCUCCUGCCCAAGGCCUAAAGCGUCAUACGUUGACGCAACACUGCCAGCCUCUGCAAAUAAAAUGCUUCACGGGUCUGUGUA